AUGGAAGACCUAGAGUUCUCAAGCUCCGAUGGGGGCCGCAGGUACUCGCAGUACUCGACCUCGUUUGACAGCGCUGAUUGGCGUAGCAAUAGCAUGAAUGAGUCUACUGGUCUCAAUGCGGGCUGGCUAGGAAGCUGCUCCAGUUACGUGCGUGUCGAGCACAGCGAUGCCGAAAUUACUGGGGGGUCCUCCCGAGCAGUGGACUCGUGGUGUAGCGCUGAACACCCCGAGCUUCAGGCUGAUCUGGCAGACCAGAACCUUCAACAGCAAUCGCCCAGCUAUCCAAAUCGCCAAAACAGUCUGCAUACAAAUCAGUUCGAUUACAUGCACUUAUCAACGUUGGCGUACGACCCUCAAUCCGAAGUUGAUCACCAGAGCAACACCGACGAUCGAAAGGAAUACUGGGCUCGAAGAUCGGAGCCGGAUUACUUUGCCCAUCCUCCCCCAAUACCUACUCCGGAUGCCGAAUACAGCAACGACUUUCACUUGCUGUAUAGUGUGCCAGAUGUACUGAAUGAUCAAGGACAGGCCUUGCCAAACAGUGGUAUUCCGUACUACACACAGCCAGUCUACCCAGAAGAAGAUCUUCGAGGCGACAUCAGGCUGCACUAUGCCGGACACACUCGGGAGAGCAACAAUGGGGCUUGUUCUCAUCAGCAUCUUGUUGCAGAGGAUGUAAAUGGUCCAUGGUCCACGGUGAACCCACAGAACAACUGUCCAAGACAUCUAGAACAGCAGAUGAACCGUAUACUGGAUGUGAUCAACGCAUCCGACUCUUCUCCUUCGACGCGGGAUGGAAGCAACGAACAGCAAUGGGGAGAGGCAAGCGACGUCACUGUUCGUCCCGAUAAUGCUCAGCAAAGCCACCAAUCCGGUCACUCAAACGCCUCACGACAUCCGCUUCCCACUCAACACCAAGCCGGACUCCUCAUAUCCCGAGACCUAGCCAUAAUACCGAAUGGUCCAAGAUCUCUUCCUAUACGGACCAGGUCCCCUAGCAUGCGAUCAAUUGAUAACAAUCGUCGCCCUCCAAUAUCCGCAUCCAACACACCUGCUUCUCCCAGCUCCGCCCAAUCAAACGUGGUUCGCUGCCCUGUUUGCUCCGCGCAAUUUGAAGGUAUCUACGCACAGGGUAACUGUGGGCGGCAUAGGAGACUGAAGCACGCCGUCCAAAAGAAGGAAUACCCGUGCGAGCACAGCACUUGCGGCAAAAGCUACCAACGUUCGGACGCCAGGCUCAAGCAUUAUCGAAAGUAUCAUCCAGAACUUAUUGGUUGUGCUGUGUAA